GUCACACUCCAACCUAUGAGGAAAUGCUCGCCGAUGUGCGCUUUCCAUAGGAUUUUCUAUACUGUAAUACCUCAAAACGCGAAUGAGCAUCGACCGUGAACGUUGACGAGGAAUAAUUGCAGCGCUAAAGCUAGUGAAUACAUUAAAAUUCCGUUAAUGGAUAGGCUAAGCCAACGCGAUUGAAGGCUGAGUCUUUACAAGCAACUUUCGUUGGUGGUAGAGAACGAAAAAUAAUCAUUGUGUCGAUAGUGAAAAAAGUGUGGGAGUGCGGAGGAGAAAGUAAUUUAUUGCUAUACGUACAUAUAUAUAUUAUAUAUACACGCAUAUAUUUUAUAUGGUUGGCGAUUAAGUUCAAGUGUCAAAUAAGAGUGCUAAAACUAUUAACGAAAGCAAACUUCAAUUCAAUUUAAUAAAAUCUUAGAGAAAAUUAAAAAACAAAACUCAUCAGCAAAACUCGGUCAGCGGACCUCGAAAAUAGCGAACGGUCAAUGAAAUAUGAAUUUAUUGAUUUUCUGCAGGGGCAGCAUUGAACUAAUAUGCAUGGCACGCAAUUACUGUUAUAAUUUCUUUCUCUAGUUUUAUUUCAAAUAUGUUUCUUUGCUGAUAUCAAGAAAUUUCUGCGCAAUUUUCGAGCGAGUGUGAAAUUUCUCCAUAUCAUUUGUUGUGUAAUCGGAGGCAGCUCACAGUUUUUUUCGUCAGCUCCUCCAACUAAAGUCAAACACGGUUCGCCUGAGAGAAGCUGAAUUGGGAAAAAUGUUGUCGCAAUUACAACAAAACAACGUAGCUCUACUAGCGUAAACAGCAAAAAGCGAAAUAAUUAAAUAAUUUUCGUUGAAUAACUGUUUCGCAGCUAAGUUGCAGGACAUCUAUUAGAGAAGAGCAGAAAAGCAUUACAGCGUGAAACUUGCUGAAAAUACGAGCAGCCACAUCAAAUCGGUCCAUCAGCAGUGUCUGUCAUAUGCUAACGGCAUCAUCGUCACGGCAAAGAAACAAUACCGAACUGCAGCCAAGAACAAUACAGAAACAAUCGAACCAACAUAAACGCAUCGUCAGCAGCAGUAAUAACGCUUUACACUGCUUGCCUCUCUGCUCUCCAGCUUUACGAACCGACACCGAUGCGUGCAAAAUUGUUCGAGUGCUUCGUAUUGAUUUAAGGUUGUUUGCUAAACGAAAAGUACACAGAAAUACAAAUAAAACAAAGGAAGCGCAUAACUAGAAAGUUAUAAUUAAUAUAAUAAUGCUACAACAAAAACAACUACCAAUACUAAUGCAGUAGAAAAGUGCUCUCAAUACAAAAACUAAAGUUUCACUCUCGUGUUUUUUGAGAGACAAAAGUAACAACAACGAAUAGCAAUCAUCAGCUGAGUCGGGAAAAAGCGUGGCGUAGAAACGGAAAUCGAGACUGUAAUUCAAAAGAUAAAACAGAAAACAACAAUUUAAAGACGCGACUUUCGCUGUCAUUCUGCUGAUACUAAACAGACCCGUUAAACAAAUAAAAGUAGCACAAAAUGCCGCCAAACACGAAUACGAACACCGAAGAGCAGCUGCCAGAAGAUUCGACGCAAAGUCUGGAACCGGCCGAUCAAAAAGUAGAAGAGACCACGCAGCGUGAGGUGUUCCGUGAGCUAGCGCAAAAACAAGCGGAACAACAGCAAUCGGAAAGUCAAAAAAUGUUCACCACUUUGACACCCAAAACCACAACAGAGGCCGAAGAGGAACCCACCACAACAACUGCGUCUACCAUCCAGAAAAUCGGACAUGCCGGCGAAGUCGUCACCGAAGUGAUUGCCGAGAAAACUGGUCUGCCCACAUGGGGCGUGGUGGCAAUUAUCAUACUGGUAUUCCUCGUCGUCUUUGGUAUACUCUUCUUUUGUGUACGUCGUUUCUUAAAGAAGCGACGAACCAAAGAUGGUAAGGGUAAGAAGGGUGUCGAUAUGAAAUCGGUACAAUUAUUAGGAUCGGCGUAUAAAGAGAAACCUGAUAUGGAGGAACUCACCGAAAAUGCUGAAGAAGGCGAUGAGGAGGAUAAACAAAGCGAGCAAAAAUUAGGAAGACUGAAUUUUAAGCUCGAAUAUGACUUCAACUCGAACAGCUUAGCGGUCACCGUUAUACAAGCCGAAGAAUUGCCCGCGCUUGAUAUGGGCGGCACAUCGGAUCCUUAUGUUAAAGUAUAUUUGCUACCCGACAAGAAGAAGAAAUUCGAAACCAAAGUGCACCGCAAAACGUUGAACCCGGUCUUCAAUGAAACCUUCACAUUUAAGAGCUUGCCGUAUGCCGAUGCCAUGAAUAAGACGCUCGUAUUUGCCAUAUUCGAUUUCGAUCGUUUCUCCAAACAUGACCAAAUCGGUGAGGUGAAGGUGCCACUCUGCACUAUUGACUUGGCGCAAACUAUCGAGGAAUGGCGAGAUUUGGUCAGCGUUGAAGGUGAAGGUGGACAGGAAAAGCUUGGCGACAUCUGCUUCUCACUGCGUUAUGUUCCAACUGCUGGCAAGCUAACUGUGGUCAUCUUGGAGGCAAAGAACUUGAAAAAAAUGGACGUCGGCGGAUUGUCUGAUCCAUAUGUGAAAAUUGCAAUCAUGCAAAAUGGAAAACGUUUGAAAAAGAAGAAGACAAGUAUCAAAAAAUGCACCCUCAACCCUUACUAUAAUGAGUCGUUCUCAUUUGAAGUACCAUUUGAACAAAUACAAGUAUGCGAGAAUGUAUUAUACUAUCCUACUACUAACUACUUAAAAACUACUACUAUUACUACCACUACUACUAAUACUACUACUACUACAACUACUACUGCUACUUCUACUACUAACUACUUGAAAACUACUACAAUCACAACUGCUAAAACAAAAUACCUACUAAAAUUACUCUUAUUACUACAACAACAAAUACUACUACUACUAUUAACCCCACUACUACCACCCAAUCAACGUUAUAUUAAAUGUUCUCCCCGCUCCCACUCACCUGCCUUGUACUUGCAAAGUUAUCGAUGUUUUUUGAAACAGAAAAAAUAUACCGCAAGAAUAUUAUAAAUCCCUACAUAGCGAACUAAUCCACUACAUAUUUUGAAAGUCUACAUUCAAUGUUUUGUACAUACUAAGUACCGAUUGAGUUUGAAUAACCGUUAUAUACCACAUAUCUGCCACACUAAAGUAUUCGUACAGACGCCAACAGCAAAACAAACAAACAAGUUACUACGUACCAUUUAAUUUAGACCAAGUACCACUCUUAAGUAAUAAUGAUUAUUUGUAAUCGGUGUUCGCUCAAUAUUUUAACCAAGAAGGCUUCAUUUUCGCAGUUUUUGAUUUUUUCUAUGGAAAAGUCGGCCGCUUAGUUACUAUUAUUAUGAUUUUUGUUGAAGAAAAUUAUUCAAAAAUUUGUUGUUGUAAAUACGCAAAGCAAACUGCUGCUACAUUUUCACUCGGCAAGAGUACCGCUGUGUGUAUACAUAUAUGGUACAUACAUCACUGCUUUAUUUUUGCUUUGACAGCGAUAUACACAUGCGUGCGUACUUUGUUUUUGGCUUAACUGUUAUUUAAAAAGUGGCAAAUUUUUGUGUAGCUUACAUAAAUGUGUUAAUGAAUAAGUAUUUGAGUUAUUUAAGUUAAAUUUUUUUAUUAUUUAACAAAAGCAAAUAUUAAAACAAAACUUUAUUUUAUUUUUAAAUUAUUUUUAUAUUAGAACCAAAAAUUUAAGCAAAUUAAUUAUUAUAAAAUUAAAACAAAAACAAAAAAUUACAUUGAACGGUGGUAGCACGUAGGACUGUGCACGAUUAGUCCUUAACCAAUUUCUACCUAGUUUAGGCUUUCGUAGCGAAAUACUUAAUUAACGGCUUUAUACACAAACACAUGUGUACAUAUGUACAUAAGUAUUACUAACAAAAGUAUGGCGGCGUAGAUUGCAAAGUGUGGUCUGCACGCGAAUUCAAUGCAAACUUUCAAAAUACACCGAAGUACCUCAUUCGUUAAUCACGAUGAGUAAAAGUCAGCUGACGGCAGCUGUGAGGAGCUCAAAAACCCGACAAUUGUAUAUGUGCAUGGAGAGAGACUCUGCAUCUUUGUAAUUUGGAGUUUCUGACUCAAGUUUUUUUUGUUGAUUCACUAAUCGAAAACGCUUUCGACUUGACACUCUCAACACUCAAACACAACUCAAACCAAUAUAAUUAAUCGUAUGAAUGCAGGUGAUAUCCACUGCGGGGGGUAAGGGAUUCAGCGAAGGUACAAGCAAAUAUAAUUAUUCUCAAACACUUCAAUAAUUUAACUCCACUUGAACAAAAUCUUUUGUUUCAGAAAAUUGCUUUUCUUUGUUUGCCAUGCGCAGUAAGAACUUUUUACUUCAAAAUUGGUUACACUUCCGGUAUCCCGGUUCAUAACAGUAUGCUAUGAGCUGAACUACCUCAAACUGACAGUUUUAGGUAGCUUCCAGAGCUUCCUUUUACUCUUUUACUGUGUAACUUUUACAGUGAAAGUAAGUAAGAUUGUCCAGCGGAAUUUUAUUGAAAGAUGCAUUAGUUAAAAAAAACAUCUCUUUCAAUAAAAAAAAGUUUACAAUGAUAACUUCUUGGGAUUGUUGGAGUUGACAAGGAAAAUAGUUUUCGAAACCGACCUCAUCAAGUAGAAUUCUCCAGUCCAUAACUUAACAUUGGAAGACCUCUUAUCGCGGUUUCCUAAAACCUAAGUUAUAUAGUUUAUAUUGCAGUCAAUUUAGUACGCGAUACUGCGAAACCUAGGUCACGAGCGGUCUGAGGUCAUCAAUGCACCGAUUGCGCUCUGACCCACAAUGAUUUCGCGUUGUGCCCACUGCACACCUGGUUCUUUUAUCAGCUAUUACUCUCAGCAACAGAUUAUGCCCACUGAGUGAUCUCUAAAAGUCCAUAGAUUGCCCCAUUGUACGUCCUUGCGCAGUGAAGCUUCUUCUUCCAUUAGCUUAUCUACUUUAUCGUACAAAAAAGAUUGCAGCUACCUUCUAAAUAAAAAGAUACCCGAGAAGAGUGUUUUAAUAAUUCAGUAAUUUAGCUGCCUACCAAAAUAGAGUAUUGGAUAGAAGUGUGCACUUCCUUACCUCAGAAAGUAAACUCAACAAGCUUUCGAAAGUUAUUUAACCGAUAGCGGUUCCAUGAAAAAGCUUAUUCCAAAAAUCAUCAGACGAUGACGGUAGAUUUGAAACUAGUAAGUUCUCAGAUCGGUUGCCGAUGGACAUCAGGGGCUUGCCUCAAAUGGGAAGAUGGUCGACAUAAUAUCUCUGGAAAAGUGUUAGGCGUUUUGUUUAUAUCUAAUUCGAACAAAAUUCAAAUAGUUUUUUUUAAAUUACAAUACCCAUUGAUAUACACCUUCCAUAUUAAGGACGUUUUCAAGAGACUCCUUCACUCUACAUUCUGCUCGUAUGGAAACUGUACACUGUACCAUGUGUACUAAUUUGGAUCUCUUAACAUCCUAAAUUCCACAUAACAUCUUGAUUCUGGUAUGUUGGUGGUUGGUUCUAAUGCAGUACAUCACAUCUAGCAAAGACAGCUCUUUCUGAACCUUCUUCUUCGUAUGAUCUUUCCUUACUUCGUCCCUGGAGUGAAUAUCACCACGAUACAUUUUAUGUACUCACCACCAUAAGGGGUGGGUACUUCUUACAACUCCUUCAACUCCUAUUUAUUUUCUAACUAACUAACACUUGGUAAUACAAAGCUUCGCUACUGAUCAGCUCCCAAGGAGUUGCAGCGUGAAAUAGUCAAUGUACAUACAUAUAAAUAUUAUAUACUAUACAUAUGUACAUAUGAAUAUUGUCGGCGUCAAUAACGACGACCGCUAUGGGUUCGUUGUUUUGACACUGUCUUCUGAUUUGAUACGAUAUUACAACAGCAAUAACAAAUCGCAAAACAACAACAACUACAACAAGCACUAGAACUACAACUACAAGAACACUGCACAACAAGAAAAACCAACAAAGAAUAUUAACAAAUGCUAACGGCGCAAGUAGCUGAAAGGAGUAAACUAAAAGAAAACUAAAGAAUAAAACAAUAAUAACAAUUGAGAAGUGAAAAAAGAGAGGACUAAACUUACAAGUCGUCAAAACUUUUUUUUGUGGUCCAGUGAUGAAAAUUAUUAGUUUUUUGAAAUUAAUUAUAAUUUUUGAAAUACACUGGUUGAUACUCACAUGUACAUACAUAUAUUUUAUUCAAUUCUCUUGCAAAUUACAAAUUUACAAUGUAUGUAGUUAAAAUAGUAGUAAUGUUCCGAGCGUCAGCUAGACCCAAAAAGAAUGUAGCCGAGUUGUUUCGAGUCAGUCAUGCUGACCGCUCUCACGCCCCCUAACUGUGAUACUCCAUAGUCCCUGAACGAUGGACUUUAAACCAAUACCAAAACACACACAGCAAAAAAACAAACUUCGCAAAAAUGGGAUUGAAUAUUAUACAUUUUCGUUUACCAGUAUUUAAUGAACAUUAUUCUUUGGUGAAGACGUCAACCCAGACGCCGAGUAGCCAUGUGUUCGUAAAGAAAAUGUUCAUUUAAAUAUCACCAAAAAAUAAUAUAACUAUUACAGCAAUAUCUCAUAUCCAUUGACACUGUUUGACAUAAUCGCACCGUUAUACUUAUGUAUGGGUGGCACUACGGCCAUUCUAGUCGCUCUUACAUACUUAUUUACCACAUACAAAGCUUAUGUAUGCUAACUUUGUGAUAAGCUGAUAAGCGAUCAACAAGCACUGCCUCAAAACCACCAAAAAUGCUGAAUGUAACCACAUAAUCGUACAUAUUACAUAUCGAAAUUAGAAUAUACAUACAUACUUACUGCAAUUAUAGUUUUAGAUUAGACCAAAUAUCUAGUUAGGCUAGAAAAUACCGUUACUGCUGAUAUUUCUUUUUUUUGCAUGUGUUUAAUAAUACAAUUCGCCGCUUAAGUGAUCAAUACUUGGCGUUUACUAGCCUAACAGUAAGCUAUUUUACGUUAAAGCUUCCAUUUUUGUAGCUUUUAAAUCAGCUUGCUCAACUUUCAAAUUACAUACUUAGCUUAUUAGCUUGUAAAACUCAUGUUUUUAUAAUUGCAUAUAUAGUAGCGAAAUGAGCAAAAUUUAUGCUUUCUUUUAUUAGGCCAUUUGAAAAUAUAUAAAAAGUGAAAAGCAUUUCAAUCCUAACCAAAGUAUAAAGAAAGAGUCUCCAUAGCAUCCUUUUGCAAAUGCUCAAAAUGCUCUGCUUUACUACUUAUAGAAUCAAAGGUAAAGUUAGAUUCUUUACAGUUUCACAAAGUUAUUUAAAUGAUAUGCUAAAUGAAAUGAUCUCAUAUGAAGAGAGCUAAACGCUACCGUCCCCAAGUACUUUUUCAGUGAUUUUAAUUUAGAAUACACUUUUUUUCUCUUGAAAUUUCACAAAAGGCUUAUCAUUGACUUGACAAAGUAUUUUCCAAUAGUUUAUUUAAUGUUUGAAUCCAAUUAUUAUAUCCCUAAAUAUUUUAAACAAUAAAAAGUGAUCAAAAGUAUUAAUUAUUGAAUUUACCGCCUACAAUACUUCUAACCUCUAAUAAAAUUUGAAAAGAAUAAUUUCUAUUUAUAAGAAGUCAACUUAAAUUAAGAAGUUUUUUUAGCCUAGGAAACAAAGAUUGUCACAAAAGUGAAACUUUAAGAAGACUGAGUCUAUGCUAUUAUCAAGUCAGUAUAGAAAAAGAAUACACACAUUAUAUUUGGAAAACUUAACGAUUUUUUAAUUAGUAUAAUUGCAAUUUUGCAAUUUAGUCUUAGAACAUUUCCCUGUUUUGCUCAUAUAUAAUACACUUGAUAUUAUUAUACAUACAAAAUUUGUUCUCGUCGUUAUUGGUAAUUGUAGUUAGAGUUUAAUUACAUUUAAGUAUGCCUAUAUUGAGACAAUCACCAUCCAACUCCUUCAACCAACCCGCAAAAUUGCACAAACCUAGCGUUACACUAGUUGUUCGUGGUGCACAACUCCCCCCACUUCUCUGCUCACUCAGAUUAUCAUGCGAAAGAUCCUAUUUUAACAACUACAAACAAAAACUCUUCUUCUUCAACAAACUAUAAAACAAAAACAAAGUCAAAAGAAAAUUAAAAUAAAUAAUUUUAAUUAAAGUUUUUUUUAUUAAGAUAAAUAAAAUAUUUAUAUUAAAAACAAAAGAACAAGAAACAUAAAAAACUGUGACCGCAACAAAUGCAGGAAAUUUGCUAUAAAAUAUUAUACAUAUCUUACUAAUCUAUUUUAUUCUCUACAAAAACUCAACCAUUUUGCUGCCAUUUUGCUGCCAUUUUGAUGUCAUUAUUUUACUGGAUACUACCUCAGAAAAUCUGUCUCGUCGUUACUGUUGUGGAUUACGAUCGUAUCGGUACAUCUGAGCCGAUUGGACGCUGUAUACUCGGCUGUAUGGCUACCGGCACCGAAUUGCGACAUUGGUCCGAUAUGUUGGCCUCACCAAGACGGCCGAUUGCCCAAUGGCAUACAUUGAAGGAUCCCGAGGAAACCGAUGAAAUACUGAAGAAUAUGAAGUAAAGUGACGGGCAGUUUAUGUAGAAAGUACUAAGUAGAAGGUGUGAAGAAUGUGAGACUUGAAGAUCAAGUUGUUCAUCAAUACAAUGAAUCCAUCUAGUAAACGCAAAAUAAAUCAACUAACAUAUUUACAUGCUCACUAUGUAAUAGUUACCCUAUCGUACCGUACCGAAAAUGAAUGCUAGAGAUGAUAGUCUAACACAACAAAAAAUAAAUUAAUAUGCCGUCAACAACAAGAAAAACAAUAACAACAAAAACAAAAUAAAUCAAACACAUAGACAACAAAGUACCGAACAACAACAAAAGGCAAACCGCUCAUCAUUAGUUCCACAUAGAAAAAGUAUAAAUCUUUGAAGAAGAAACGUCUUAUUCGCAUAAAAAAAUACAUACAUACAUCCUAUAUAUAUAUAUAUAUUUAUGUACAAUACAUAAACAAAAAUAAUUUAAAUAUUUGUUAGUCCUCGACUCCGACCUCGAAAACAACAAUCAAACACACCGCGAUAAAACAAACUAGAGAAAUUUUGAAAAAAUUAUAUGAAAAAAAUGAAUCGCAUAUUCGCUGUCAAAUGCAGCUUUGGCCGCGGCGAGGCGAGUCAGUUAUGAAAAUAGAAAAAUCACAAAAACUACUCUUAGACAAAUAUUUAAAUAAUUACGAAAAUCACACGCAUACAUAUAUACAGAAAUAUGUAUGUGUGUAGUUAUGCAUAUGAAAAACCAAAACUCUGUAACUGUUGACUUCCUGUUAAAAUGUUUAUAUAAAAUCAUAUGCAAUGAAUUAAGAUGCAUUGUGUUGUACUCUACUAUAUUGCAUCGUCUAGUAUAUAUUGUGACCGUAUUGUACUAUAUACAUAAUUCUAUAUACAUAUAUACAUAUAUAUAGAUAUUGAGAUGCCUCUAUUGUAUCUACAUAUGCUCUUUCCAAAAUUGUUUGUUUUCUGCUUUCAGCUCGAUUUUUUAGAAAUUAGUUUUUCACACUAUUAUAUUUGUUUCAUAAUUUGUACGUAUUUAGUGUUGAAAGCGAUGUUUCAAAGGUUUAAACUAAAUUUAGCAAAAAAUGCUAAUUAAAAAUUUAAGAAAGUAAUGAAAAUGAAACCUUUAAACCCAAACCAAAAAGAGUAUUAAUUCAAAGGUGCAAAAACUAAAUAAAAAAUUUUCAAUUUCUAAUACUGUUUGCAAUUUUUGUCACUAUUCCAAUUGUAAUGUAAAUUGUAUUUAAAUUUUAAUUAAAUAAUAAAGUUGUUGAAAACUUACGCCAUAAGAAAAUUAUGAAUUUUUCAAUUCAAAUCGAUUAAAAAUACUAAAACUAAUAUUUACGCAGCAAAAAUAAUAAAAAAUAAACACCGUCGCAUGGGAUGCUAUAAUACUUUUCGUGUAAUAUAACACUCAAAAAACUCUCAUUGUAGAAUACAAAAAAUAAAAACUUGCGUACAUAAAUGGGUUUUCUGCUAGCUAAAUUCUUUUUAAGUAGAGUGGAAAUUCUACUACUAUUACACCAACACAAAAAUAAAACACGUGUUUCACAGAGUUUUUGAACUGAAUCUUUGAACAUUAUAGCAACUUUCUAAUUUUAGCACACUUUUGCGACCUUCCUAACAAUUGUGAGGUCUCCUUCAUACUGACAAAAGCUUCGCAACAUAACGCUUUGUAUAAAAUUAGAAAAUCCAAAAGAAAUCUGACAAUAUUUUUUACACAUCUCAUUUGUGCAGUUGUUUUAAACCAGUUUCAACUACAAACCAAACUGAGUAGUGUUUUUUUCUUACCUUCUUUGGCCAAUACGUAAACUACUGAGAUUUGGUUCCUAAAAUAAAGCAAUUCUUAUCAUUUUUACUUCCAUUACAGUUAUGAGUACUCACAAAAGUAGUAGAGUAGUCACACCCUCUUUAAAGAGGGUUAUACUACAAAUAAUAAUUUCCAAAAUGUUACGCAGCAUAUUGCGUAUAACAAAUUUAAAUUCAGUGCCCCAGAAAUUCGUAUAAAUGGUAAAAAUAAUAUUUUCCAGCUGAAAACCCAUAAUCAUUAUUUACUUAUAUUUUAAUUUGUUUUUCAUAAAACACACAAAAAUAAAAUAACAUUUUUACCAUUAUCAAGUAUCAAUUUACUUUCAAUUCAUCAACACACUUACAUAUGUAUGUGCGUGCAUAGCAUGAUUGCAUUUCGCAUAUGUUUGUAUGCCUAUGUGAGUGUAAUCUUUACGGAGAGAUUACUAAUUACUAAUAAUUAUUAGAUUAAAAGAAAUAUUUAAUAAAUCAUGGUUAAAUAAAUAAAUUAUAGAAAGUUUAACUUCACGCGUGAUUGCAAAAAGCAAAUAUCAUCGUUUCUUGGAAGCCACCAAAACAAUAAUUUAAAUACAUAUAUAUUGAGAAGGCAUAAUAUUAGUAAUUACAUUCUAAUGCACAUUAAUAUUUUUAUGUAUUGUAUGUCACCACUUGAAUUCCGUAUAUAACUUUUCCAAUUUGUAAUUACAUAAAAAAAUUAUAAGUCGCUUAUGAGUUAAGACAUUGUUUGUAACUAAUUUUACGUAAAUUUUUUUUUUUAAUAUUUUAUGAAUAUCUUAAAAUGUAUAUAAAUAUUUUUUUUUACUGUAUGUAGACCUUAUUUUUAAAUAUACUUUAUUUAAUUUUCUAUUUUUUGCUUUUGGUUGAUUUGCUUUUAAUUUAUUAAUUUCAUUAAUGACUUAUCAAUUUCACCUUUUCACCACACUGACUCGUUAAUCGAUACUUGAAAGAUGUGCUUUUGUGGCAUGCUGCUUUUAUUUACUUAUGUAUAAAUCGUUGGAGUUUAUAUUUAAUAUAUAUAUACGCAUAUAUAUAUAUAAAUUAUAUAUUAUAUAUUAUAUAUUAUAUAUAUAUAUAUAUAUAUAUGUAUAUACAAAUAAUAAUAGAUAUUUAGAAUUUGAAAACUCAUAUUUAAUACUACAAUUAAAAUAUUUAAAGACAUAUUAAGAACAAUAAUAGUUAUUACUGCUAAUUUAUACUAUAUUAAGAAUAAAUGGUUAAGGCAGACAAUUCAGCAUGCAGAGAAUUAAACAAGAAAUAUAUGUUAUUUCAAUGGUAAGAAAGCAAAAAAUAAAAACGAACAUAACCAAACUUAUUUUAAGUGACAAAAAUAAAUGCAACAAAAAAUAUCAUUGUUAUGAAAAAGGUACCACUAUUGAUUUUUAAACUUAAUAGAACUUAUUAAUGAAGAUAUGUAUAUGUUUAUGUCUUGUAAAAAUAUAGUUAAGGUCAACACACAAACUAGUACCGAAACUAAACAUACUGUUACAUUGCAACAAACACAAAUAAUGAAACACUAAAAAGCAGUUACACUGACAUACAUAUAAAACGUCAAUCUAUUGUUAUUGCAAAUUUUAAGAUAACUUUAAUUUCGCAUGGCAAAGUUCGAAUAUUUAUAACGGCUGUACCCUUCUAUACACCGUUUGUCGAAUAGCAUGGUAGGGAUGAUAAUAUGCGCGAAACAACUGUAGACGCUGUAAAAAUAAAAAAUAAAUUGCUAUGGAAAGUUUAACUAAAUAAAAUUAGAUUACACAUAGUUGCACUAUACAAACAUAUAUAAUACAUAUUAAAUAAUAAAAAUAAAAAUUAGAGAUAAAUAUAUAUACAAAUAUAUAUAUAAACAAUACCUAUAUACCAGAAAAACACUAAUUAAUAAUAAUAAAAGAAUAUUGUUAAUUUUGAUUACAAUGAGGCAUACAUAUUAUUAACAAUUACAUACAUAAAUACGAGUAUAAUAAAAACUGCAAAUGAAAAUAAAAGAUUUAUUUGGUUUUAUUUACAUACAUUAAGACAUAUAAAUAACACCGACACAUGAACAACACCACAUUUUAUAUUUAUUACAAAACGAUAUCAAUCUCUGACAUUUGUAUGUAUAUUACUAAAUUAUCGAAAUCGCUAGGUUGAACUUCCAUCUCUACGAAAGAACUUAAGUACCUCUCUCUCACUCUCUCUUUUUGAAAGAACGAAAGAAUCAAGUACCCGCGCAAUGAUUUGGGUACCAUACCUAUGAGUUAAACGAUUAGCAGAGUUUAGAGCAAGAACUUCUACUUGCAUACAUAAGUAGUCAUUUGUAAACCAUUUAAAAUUUAUAUAUACAUAUAUAAAUAUAUAUAUAUAUAGACAUAUACACAUUAAAUAUGUGUACACACUUACAACCAUGAAACUGCUCAUCUAGGCAAAAAUAAACGAAUGAAAAGUAAUCAAACUAAAUAAGUUAAAAAUCUAAUAAAAAAUCUCAAACUAGUUUUCAUUUUUAAUAGCCGAUACAUUGGUACAGAUCUGACAAGUUAUUUUAAAGACAGCAGAUUUGCUACAGCACUACCAAUUCCCUCUCUUUCAUAGAAACAGAAUUUAUUUUUCUAAUAACCAACCGAAGCUACAGACUCAAAUUCCCUGCUCAAAACAAUUUUGUAAUUUUUUAUCUUUAAUUUUCCAUUAAUUUUAAUCUUAACAAAUGUAGAUGACUUCGUUGUAGACACUUUGAAAGCUUUAAUGAGAGAUCAUAGUUAUUGCAAAGAGAGGGACUGACGAUAAACCGAGAAACUUUUGCCGCACCGCGCAUUGAACCAUUUGUCGAAAAUUUGUAUAAAUCUAUAGAAUAUCAAUUUUAUAUUUUAUAUAAAAUUCAAGAUAAAAAAAAUUCAAAAUCACUGAAAGAAUGCGAAAAUAUAUCAUAAGCAAAUGCAGAAAGAAUGAAAGAAUUAAUAAAUAAAAACAAGAAAAACUUGAUAUAAAAUAUACUAGCAAAUGGAAAUGGCAUACAAAUAAUCAUCUAUACAUAAUCAUCAGCACCGCAUAGUAUGAAUUAAUCAGCUAAAUACAAUUGAUAUACAUACAAAUAUACUGGCAUAGAUAUGAAAUACCAUAGUUGUACACAUACGUACCGGAAUGCACAAAGUUUCAGUAGAAUAAAAGUUUGAAGCAAAAUAUAAAAAUAAGGUAAUAAAAUGAUGUAUGUAAAGGAGCAAUGAUAGGUGGGGGCUGAAAAAGUAGAGUAUUGAACGUUUAAAUAUUCAUACAUAACUAUUUUAGUGCGAUUAAAAGGAAGAUUCGGGAAACACUGGCACCGGCACUCUGAGUAAAAAUUUUCUCAAAGUUUGUUUACUCUUAUUUUUGUAUUCAGCUAAUAUUUUAUUUCCUGCGCGAUGAUACGCCAGAGCCUCCUUACAUUAUUACAUAACAAAUUUAUCACCCACUCAGUACAAGAGUUUUUAAAUUAGUUUGGAAACCCCUUUUUUAUGUAAAAGAUAAACGCCCAAAAAUCGUGAAUUAUAUUUGACCUCUUAGGCACAAUAUUUCAGAGAGCUUAUCAUCCACAAAACACACACAGCCUCAUUUGCAAAUUUUACAUACCAAUUCAAUGUAUAAAUAUUUAUGUAUAUGAUAAAUUUAAGUGUAAACAAUUUAAUAUUAUUAUUAUAAAAAUAAUUAUUAUGACUUAUAACGAAGUUGUUGAUCACUGGCGUUGUAAUGCGGCAGUGAGCAGGAAUAAUGUUUAUUCAAGUUCAACGUAACUGUAUUUAAAGAAAGAAUUUUAUUUAAAUGCAAUGACCUAUGUGCAGAUAUUAUUAUGAAUUUAAGUAUUAAAAAUGUAUUGAAACAAAAGAAAAACUGAAGUGUAAUAACACAAAAGAACAACAUCUGUAGUUAAAUAAAUACAAAAUUUAUAUAAGUUAAAAUAAAAAUGUUCAAAACUAUAAAAUA